AUGGCCGAGCUGGAGGGGCUGGAGUUCGGCAAGUCCGACUUUGUGCUGCUGGACGAGGUGACCAUGGAGCAGUUCAUGGAGAACCUGAAGCUGAGGUUUGAGAAGGGAAGAAUCUACACCUACAUCGGAGAGGUGGUGGUCUCUGUCAACCCCUACCAGCAGAUGGAUAUUUAUGGGAAAGACACUGUGGACGCCUACCGGGGCCGGGAGCUGUAUGAGAACCCCCCCCACCUGUACGCCGUCCAUCACAAACCCCAGCCAGCGGGCAGAGGUGGAGAGCUGCUUCGUGGAGGCUCUGCUGAGAUGCUAGUGUCCAUCCACCUGCAGAAUGACCCCGCCCUGUACGCCUACACCAGAGAGGGCGCCGCCGCCACCACUUCCAACAACGACCGCUCGAGCCACAAGGCGGUGACGAGCGCACUGGAGGUGAUCGGCUUCUCCGGGGAGGAGGGCAACCUUCGGUUUGAGAGUGACGGGGACGGCGUUGGGGUCGUGGGGCCGGAGGCGCUGAGCCACAUCGCCGAGCUGCUCGCCACCGACGCCGCCAGCCUCAGCAGCAGCCUGCUGUUCCGCACCGUGGCCACCGGGGGCGGCGAGGUCAUCCAGAAGGGCCACUCCGAGCAGGACGCCUGCUUCGGCCGCGACGCCUUCGCCAAGGCGCUCUAUGAGAGGCUGUUCGGCUGGAUCGUGAGCCGUAUCAACAGCAUCAUCGAAGUGAAAGACUACAACCCGGUGCUCCAUGGGAAAAACACGAUCGACUACUUCAACAACCAGAUCAUCGUGGACCUGGUGGAACAGCCCCACAAAGGCAUCAUCUCCAUCCUGGACGAGGCCUGCCUCUCGGUCGGGAAGGUCACGGACACAAUGUGCCUGGACAGCAUGGACACCAAACUGGCUCAGCAUCCCCAUUACACCUCACGCAAGAAACACUUCCGCAUCCGCCAUUACGCCGGUGACGUCACGUAUUCUGUGGAAGGAUUUCUGGACAAAAACAAGGACCCGCUGUUUCAGGACUUCAAGCGUCUCAUGUACAACAGCUCCAACCCGGUCCUGAGGGAGAUGUGGCCGGACGGCCAACUGGGUAUCACCGAGGUCACCAAGCGGCCGCUGACCGCCGCCACGCUCUUCAAGAACUCCAUCGUGGCUCUGGUGGAUAAGCUGGCCUGCAAGGAGCCCUACUACGUGCGCUGCAUCAAGCCCAACGAGGUGAAGUCUCCGGUGCUGUUCGACGACGCCCGCUGCCGCCACCAGGUGGCGUAUCUGGGCCUGCUGGAGAACGUCAUGGUGCGCCGGGCCGGGUUUGCCUACAGGCAGCUGUACGCCCGCUUCCUGCAGCGGUACAAGAUGACCUGCGAGUACACGUGGCCGAACCACCUGAUGGGCUCGGACCGGGCGGCGGUGGAGGCCAUCAUCACGCAGCACGGUUUCCAGGACGACGUGGCCUACGGCCACACCAAGCUGUUCGUGCGCACGCCGCGCUCGCUGUUCACACUGGAGCAGCAGCGCGCCGCCCUCAUCCCCAUCCUGGUGCUGUUCCUGCAGAAGAUCUGGCGAGGGGCUCUGGCCCGCCUGAGGUGCCGCCGGAUGAGGGCCAUCUACGCGAUCAUGGGCUGCUACAAGCGCUACAAGGUGAAGGCCCACUUCUGGGAGGUGGAGCAGAGGUUCUCCAACGUGCGGACGAUGGCCGACUACGGGAAGAGCCUGGAGUGGCCGACGCCGCCGGCGGCUUUGGCCCAGUUCCACAAGAUCACAGUGUCACUGCACCGCAGGUGGUGGGCCAGGCAGGUUGUGAAGAACAUCCCCCCGUCCGACAUGCUGGAGGUCCGGUCCAAGGUGGCGGCUCUGACAGCCCUGAGCGGCGAGAGGAAGGACUGGGGAGCGCGCCGGGUCUGGGAGAGGGACUACCUGUCCAACGUCCGGGACUGCCCUCAGACCAGCUCCAGCUUCGUCCGAGCCUCCAAGGAGCUGAAGAACAAGGACAGCUUUAGUCAAGUUGUGUUCUCGGGCUUCUGCAGGAAGGUGAACCGGUUCAACAGAAGCACAGACCGAGCGCUGCUGGUCACCGACAGGUUCGUCUACAAACUGGAGCCCAAGAAGAACUACAAGGUUCUGAAGAGGUUCCCUCUGGACACGUUCACCGGCCUGAGCGUAACGGCGGGCGCUGACCAGCUGGUGGCGCUGCACACGGCCUCCCAGGACGACGUGCUGCUCUGCCUUCAGCGUGGAGAGCUGAACCCCGACCAGGACCGGGUGGGCGAGCUGCAGCUUCCGGUGACGGUUUGCCGCUCGGCUCUGCAGCUGCACAUGAGGGGGAAGCCGAAAAGCGUCAGUGUGGAGCACCGCGCCGGCCAGGCCGCCGCCGACUUCAAGAAGAGCCGGGACGGAUUCAUCCUGCUGCUGCCCGCCAGCUAG